AUGUACUCAGAAUAUUACGACGUCCCCUCGCUCCCGCCUCUCGAGCUCUCGGACGACCCCACGUUUCUUGACCACCUCCACAUCGAGCGCGUCUGUUUCUACCCGGAAUUCGCGCCACCGAACCCAGACAAGCACCUGCGCGAAUGUUGGUGCCGUUGCGAGGCGCUGCCUUUCAACACGCUCAUCAACCAUCUCAACUCGCUCCCCAGCACCAAACGGGAGUACUGGGACUACAUGCUCGAGCUCGCCACCCGGUAUCUCUCCGGAUGGGGGACAGACACCGGCUGCCCGGACACCCAAGAGGCCCUCGUCGUCCUCCGCACGCUCACGCGCGACGCGCUCGAGCCCGCGCCCCCGCUCUCCCCGUCCAUGCUCGCCCUCCCAGCCACCCCGCGAAGCCGUGCGCCGGCCCGCCCCCCCGCCCGGCCUGCCGCGCCCCCGACCGCACCCGCAGACGUACUCGCGCGCGCGUACGCGCUGGCGACGUACGCGGCCUACGCCGAGUGCACGACGCCGUCCGCGGCGGCGCUGCGCCACUUCGACCCGGUCGGACACUUGCUGCUCGCGGUCGCGUGCGCCGCGGAGGCCGCGCGGCUGUCGACCCCGCGGCGCCCACCGGGGACGACCGUCACGCAUGUCGCGGGCGUGCUUUGCGACCUCGCGGACGGGCUCGGGCUGGAGCUCGCGCCGUGGGAGUGGCUGCGGCCGCUCGUCGGGCUCGCGCGCACGAUGAGGCCUGCCGUCGUGAGAUCGCGACGCCCGACGUCGGGACAGUGGGGCGACGUGCGCAUCACGCGCAGGAUGGUCGCUGCGUUUGGACGGCGCGAGGCGCUCCUAAAGCAGGAUGGUCGGAUCGAGAGCGUGCCGACGCUGAGCGAGGAAGAGGCGGUGGGAUGCUUGGGGUCCCUCGCGCUCGAGUGCAUGUAG